UGAAGCAGAAGGGACUGUGGAGGAUGUGAUCUCUUUGAACGUGCCUCUUUAAGAUGGAAUGCAGGCUGUUUGCUUCUUGUAUUCUCCUUACGACGUCUGUUGCGACUAUCAGGACCUCUGGCUCUGGUCCCAACAAUGUCAUCAGCUGGUACCGUGGAUGCUAUAAUUAUGUAAACUUGGCCCCUUUAAAGCCAAUGUUUCAGACAUCAGAAUUGAUUGAACCUGCUCUUUGCGCAAAGUAUUGUCUUCAGGAAAGCUUUGAUUUAACUGUGCUUUUAAGUGAGACUGACUGUUUCUGCACUAACGAAUCCAAAGCAUUCUGGACCUUAAGUAGCUACAAUUCUGUUCUCAGCAAUGAUAAUUUGCUGAAUGGCAGCUUAUCUGGAAGAGGCGACCUUACCACAAGAGAGAAUUUCUCCUUCAGCACAGGAUGCAUAAGCAGAUGUACUGGCUUCGUUUGCUUGUCAUAUGGAGAUGGAGAAAGUAAAAUGGCUGUCUAUCAAACGGUUGGACCAUACAUAAGGAACCUUAGUCUCACACUAAUUGCAGACCAUGUACAAACGAAAAAACCAUUCAUGCUGGAAGUUUGUGGAUACUUGGCUGGUCCUGCUGAUAGUGCAAUCAGUGCAGGAACACAGAAUGGAGCUGACCUUUCUUAUGUGCGAAUAGAAGUUCACUGGGACCACAUAGAUUAUAGCAGCCUGAAUGUUCCUGUAAUCUCUAGUGGAUUUUUUUCAACAUCUCCUGUUUGGAUCUAUACUGAACCUGGAAAAUAUUUGAUAACUGUAUUUGCAGACAAUCAUAUCUCCAGGGAAGAGAAAACUGUCAGCGUUGUGGUUCUGAAUCCUGCACCCACUGCUCUUGAGGUGAAGCUUGUACAAGUAACUGAGCAGAUUCCAUCCUGUAUUCCAUUUGAUGUUGAGGACAUCGGUCCACUAGAGAAGGCUUUUCUUGGAGUUGCCUAUAACUUUGAAGCCUUUGUUGCGAUGGGGAUUGAUUUGAAUUUUUAUUGGCACUUCAGUGAUGACAACAGUACAUAUUCCUCAAACAACCUGAAGAACUGCAGUGGGCUUCAGCAACUGGGUUGUCUUUUGGAUACAGUGAGUCACACAUUUCAGUAUGAAGGGGUCUAUCAAGUGACUGUCAAUGUGUCAAACAUGUAUGACUGGAUCCAGAAAACAAUUUAUGUGGCUGUUGUAAAGGAAUCAAUCUCUCAUUUAACAUUUAAGCCAAAAAAUGGUUAUAAUAUUGCUGUUGGUGAGAACCUGACAUUGGAAUUGGAACUCUUUACCACAAUUCGCCAGUUAUUAGUCUUUGACAUUACAUUUGGAACAGGAAUGACUCAUCGUCACACACUGAGUGACCAUUCACCAGCACUUGAAAGACGUUCUCAUCUGCAACUAAUGGAAGAUUAUGGCCUCCAAAACUGCACCUUGCGCAUUCAAAUUUUUCAUACGUACAGAUUUGUUGGUGUUUUCAACAUUUCAAUUGGCCUGUAUAAUGGAAUGGAUGUUGUCAAUGCAACAUUGGCAGAGCUCCUCCACGUCUAUGAACGCAUAACUAAAAUUGAUUUACUUCUAGGGGAUCGAGUAUUACCUUCAAGAACAAAUCUUACAUUUAGGAUUGCAAAUGUUAUCAAUAAAACAGGCGCACUGUGUCUUUGGACUAUCCAAAAAGACAACAGUACAUUAAGAAUGAGAAGAACUACUGAAUUGUUUCUCCAGCACUUAUUUGAAGCAGCAGGUAUCUACAUUUUAAAAGUGACAGUUUCUAAUCCAAUCAGCAGUGCAUCAUUUAGUAUCAGCAUCGAAGUCCAAGAUGCAAUUGAAGGCCUUUCUUUGACCAGUUCCAGUCCCAAAUGUUUAACGACUGGCUCCACAAUCAGUCUUCAUGCUCAUGUAGUUCGUGGAACCAACAUAACAUACACAUGGAAAUUUAACUCUAAUUCUACACCUGUACAAACAAAUACACCUCUUAUGAUGUAUACAUACUCUAAACCUGGAACUUACUUAGCCGGUGUAACAGCAAGAAACAAGUUAAGUGAAAUAACGGGGACUGCCAUUCAAUUUACAGUGCAAGAUCUUGUGGGAGAUAUAACAACUAGUAUUCCCAACAUAAUCACAGUCAACCAAACAGUAAUCAUCUCUAUCUGUGUGACCUCUGGUACAGACCUGACCAUUGAAAUACAAGUAAAUGGCUCUACUAUGUUUACCAGUAACAGUUUUGUAGCAAGUCGUUCACUGGAUUUGCCACUUACCUUCAAUCAAACUGGGCAGUUGCAGCUGUUGAUUCAGGUUACAAACCUAAUCUCUUCAAACAAUGUCACAUUAACCAUUUUGGUUAUGAAAGAAAUUCAUAUUGUCGCUAUAGAAAUGCAGCGGCAACCCACUGUGGAAGAAGAUAUUAUUCUUACUGCAGAAGUUAAUGAAUACCUGUGGAGAAAUAGAGCAUACAUAUACAAAUGGACCCUGUUUGACAAUGAGACAGUGACAACUGGAAGUCCGGUUAUAAUGUACAGGUGUAGAAAAGCUGGGCUUCAGAAGAUUGAUCUAUUUGUUUCCAAUCUGGCAUCAGAGACUUCAAGUGAGAUUGUCCUAAAUGUGUCCCAUUUGUCUCAUGGUCCUCGGCUCAUUCAUUUGGCUAAUAUGGCAGCUGGACAGACCGUGACCUAUGAAUUCAAGAACAUUUCUUGGGACAUGGAGGAAGUUGUAAUCCAGUUUGGUGAUGGGAACACGACAAAUAUUUCAAUUUCCAAUUGCAGUAGUUUCAGCGUCAAUCACACUUAUUCAUAUGCUGGAAUAUACAGCAUUAGUGCCUUCUUCAGUAAGAAUAUUAUUACUCUGUCUUCAACGAUUGUAAUUCAGGAUGUUAUUGAAGGCCUUCAUCUUACUGGUCCAAAAACUCUGAGCCUAUCUACAAGCCCACUUCAACCUUCCGUUGCAAAAUGGACUGCAAAACUUUCAAAUGGAUCAAACUACAUCUUUCAGUGGCUGUAUUCAGAUGGCAAAAUAAAUCAUACUGUCAUCGGCCCUAGCCAGUUAAUUAUGACAAUCAACUCAACUGGUUUAAUAACUGUGGAGGUUGUGGCACAUAAUGAAGUGAGUCGUGCUAGAGCCCACAUGACGACAGUGGCUCAGUAUCCGGUCCUCAGCAUUGCUGUUACCGUGGCUCGUGUAGCUCUGCACAAGCCCAGUAACAUUGUGCUGAAAGUAAAGCCCAAACAAGACUACAUCAUUUCAGUAGAUUAUGGCGAUGGAACAAAUCAACUUUUUGAAUCAAAACAACUUAAUUUCCAAACCAGUUGCUUGGAAACUGCAUUUUAUUGCUCGAUCUUUGUUUUUCAACAUACGUACAGUGCUGACGGUCAAUACCUUCUGAAUGCUACAGUAUCUAAUAACAUUAGUAAAAUUGCAUCAGCAGCCAUUGCUGUUGUUGAGGAGCCCAUUACUGGUCUUCAGUUGAUUCUGAAUUCACCAAGUGUGAUCAAGUUUAAAGACUAUAUAAAUGCAACAGCAUCAGUCCAGACAGGGACGGAAGUUAUCUUUCAGUGGAUCAUUUCUGUACCUCACUCCCAUCCCUUCACUCUUACUCAAGGGGGCAAUCUUAUCAGUACAAUUAGUUACCAAGCACUUGCAGGAGGAAACUACUAUAUAAAAGUAACAGUGUCCAGUCCGCUCUAUAGCACUCCUUUCAGUCGAUUGCUUCCAGGCAUGGUAAAAGUAAGAACCCCAAUUGCGGGUUUACAAGCAUUGUUCCCCUUUAAUAGCAAUUGUGCCAAGCUUCUGCGGCAGCCGGAUGGUACUUACGCGACUCAGAUUCUGGGCUUCAGUGUUCAUGCCUUCACUGAAGAUGUGAAGUUUUCAUUUGACUUUGGAGAUGGUUCACCACUGCUUAUUGUGAGCGGACAGAAGAGUAGCUUUGACGGUACAUCUGCAAAUGGACGUCACAAGUUUACCAAAGAGGGUGUGUUCUACAUCACAGUCUCAACCUUUAAUGAGUUCUACAAUCUUACGAAUGAACUUGGUGCAUAUUAUGUGCAAAUGGUUCCAGAAGGCUUGGUACUCAACUUGAAUUCGAGUGUGAUUCAUAAAAAUGAAAUCAUUCUCUUCAGUGCCUUGCUAAUGAGAGGGACUGAUGUGACAUACAGUUGGAAUAUGGGUGAUCAGACAUCAUAUGUAGAUGAAGGUCCUGUAAUUAAACACAAGUUUUUGUCGGCGGGGAUUUAUAACGUCACAGUAAAUGCAUGGAAUAGAGUGGGAGCAGCCUCAACCUAUGUCACUGUAGCUGUCCUCUACAGGAUGCAACCUGUUUCCGUCUUUACAAACAAGACAGUAUAUGCUACAUAUUCUGACAUCGUAUUCACAGCUAUAACUGCAGAGGAAGACCCACUGCAGUUUGUCUGGUACUUUGGGGACAAGCCGCCAGUGAAAACUACAUCACGCAGCAUAACCACAAGAUAUUCAGCUCCAGGGAAGUACAAUGUGAUAGUGAAUGCAUCAAACCAGAUUAGUUCAUUCACAUCAAACAUCUUUCCAAUAGAACUGCAGCAGGCAGUUGAGCCAAACAGACUUAGAAUAAACAAUCAAGACCUUACCUCAGUUCUCUUAAACUCCAGUAUUGCUGUGGAAGUUCGCAUUAACUAUGGGACCAAUCUCACUUACUUAUGGAAUUUUGGUGAUGGUACUGUGAGAAUUGGGAGCAGAAGAGAUUAUCACUGUUAUGAUAGGGAAGGAGAAUUUACAGUUGAAGUAGUCAUCUUUAACAAUGUGAGCUCUGCUGUGCUCUCUGGCCAGCUUUUUGUUAUUUCUGAGAAUUGUCAGCCUCCUCCAGUGAAAAGCUAUGGGCCAUCCAAAAUAGAGGUUAGAAGAUACCAGUCCUUCAAGCUUGGAGUUACAUUUGAGAGUGAGUUUGUCUGUAAUAUCUCAAGAGGAAUACAAUACAGUUGGUCCUUCUUUACUCCAGAGGAUUCUCUGGUCACAUUGGCAGAGGUUGACGUUAAUAAACAAUCGAUAAUCAUUCCGGGCUAUCUGUUGAAUUAUGGAAUCUAUCUUGCAAUUGCCAGGGUGCAAAUUGUUGGCAGUGUGGUUUAUAAUAACUACACUGUAUGUGUAGAGAUCCUUGCUACCCCACCAGUAAGUCUGAUUUCAGGUGGCACACAGCUCUUCAUAAAUUACAAGCAAGAGUCCAUCAUCAUUUUGAAUGGAUCAGAAUCAUAUGAUCCUGAUUACCCAGGUACUACAGAACUAAGGUUUUCUUGGUCAUGUGAAACAGUCAGUGGAUUAGAUAUCCCUUGCCUCAAACAUAAUGCAAGCGAUACUCUGAUUACAAAUUCCAGUACCAUCAAGGUCCCAUUGUCUACACUGAGAAAUGAUAUUGACCAGUUUCUCUUCAAGUUAAUAGUCAGCAAUAAUAACAGAUAUUCUUCAGAAGCACAAUUGUUUAUAACAGUUAAAAAAGAAGAUAACUUAAGGCUGGUGAAACUCCUUUGUGUUGAAUGUGUGAAUAAUUCAGUAAAUUGGAAUGAUGCAUUUUCUGUCAAGGCUGUGUGUGAGGAGUGCUCAGAAACUACGGGCCUUUCAUAUUCUUGGAAGUUAUUCCUAGUGAAUGCAACAGAAUUGGAAUUUUUUGAAGUUCCCUUCUGCAGACUGGUGGUGGACAACUUGCAUUCAAAUUUAUUUGGCCCCAUUGUGACUGAUGAUUCUCCUGCACUUGAAGCAACUUCCAGCAUACAAACAUCACUGACGACAGCUGUUCACUCCAGCAUUCAAUUCACAACCAGUCGACAAACCAAAGACACUCACAGUACUUGGAUUGGUCCAUUUGAUAGAAAGGAUACUGGCAAUGCUACCAGCACUACUACAGUUUCAAUUUUCCCCAUUACUCCAGUUCAUACCCUGCUGACUAACACAACAAACAGAAUCAGAAGACCUACUACCUUACAGGAUCAAUUCCCUUUUCCGAUUCCUGAAGAGCAGGUAUCUGGUGGAAGGCCUCAGAGGAGAAUUCCCCGAACUGCUAAGUCAACAAGUUCUUCAUUCAGUAAUGCUUCAGAUGUCAAUGAAUCUCUGAAUGCAACUAAGAGCGAGAACGUCUCUGCUGUGAAUGAGCAAUUGCAGACCUCAUCAAAGCCUGUGACUGCUUCUCUCAGUAUGAAUGGUUCUCGCCUGGAGGGCGGCGAAUCACAACCUGAGAUAUCAGGGAGUGGAGUCAUUGAAAGCGGAGCAGCUGUCAACAACAACACCAGUAACAAUAUUAUUGGAACUGUCUUUGGAGAAGAUUCUUCUAAUGUAACGGAGAAUGCCACUGAUUCAUCAGAGUAUGACACACAUUAUAACACGGUAGAAGGAACCUCUGGUUCUGGUGGGAGACCAGGAUUUCAAGGAGGUGGAUCCAGUGGAAACAAUAUCGAUUCAGGAUCCAAUUUUGGAUCGGAAAGAGGAGACGGUGAUGAUGUGCUCCCAGACGUUCAGCCUCCAUCUCCAUCCAGACCCACUCCCAUGAUCGAAUGGACUAAAAUACGCAUUAAUGACGAGAAGUUUGAAACAUUUACAACCACAGGUAUAAAGUCACAAAUAUUGACAUUUAAACCUUUUGGCCUGCAAAGUAAGAAGGUUUACAUGCUAGAAGUUGUUGUCAGAGGCCAGAAUGAGAAAGGAAAGGCACAACUUUUCCUUUUUACCAACGACAAUCCUCAGGGUUUGACAUGUGAAAUACGACCCAGUAAAGGAUCAGAGAUUCAGACACAUUACAGCAUGUUCUGUACAUCAGGAAGGAAGGAUCUGCAUUAUGAGUAUAGCUAUAGUAUCGGCAAUUCAACUGAAACUCUCCUGUAUGAAGGAAGAGAUCAUGAAUAUUACUUUCAGUUACCUGCUGGAGAACCAACAGAUGGAUACAAGCUGAAAAUCAACACUGUGAUCACAGAUCUACUUGGAUCCAAAACAAAGCCUUGUUCAGUUACUCCAAUUGUUUUGCCAACUAUUAAAACAAAUGAAGAACUAUACAUCCAGGGUCUUCAGAAUCUGUCAACUCUAAUUUUGUUAGGUAAUCAAAAGGAAACAAAAAAUUACAUUCUGCUGUUGAACAGAGUCCUCCAUCGACUCCAUAAAGAAGGAAGUACCAGGCUGGAUUUACAGAAACAAACCAGAAAUACAUUAAUAGCAGCUCUUUGCAGCCUAACUAUAUCGAAUCAGAGGGAGCUGAUGGGAACAGUAUCUGCAUUGCAAGACCUUAUUAACAUAACCAGUGAGGUAACUUCAGAAAGUGCUCUGACUAUAACAAAAACAGUUAAAGAGAUGAUUAGACUUUUUAAAAAAUCUGGGGCAUUCAGCCUGCGUGGAGAAUUAGUGAAGAAAAUAGUCUAUCUGGUUGCUGAUGUAAUGGGAGUGUCUGACAACAGCACAGUAAAUUCAAGGAACCUAUUAUUUAAUGGUCUGGAAGUGACAACUGAGCUUUUAUUGCAAUAUGUGCAAAUCAGCAAUCAAUCACAGUUUUAUGUGAACACCAAUUUAAUGGAGCUCCAGACUUAUCAAAAUCAUGGUUUUCUGAACACAGUGCAAAGCACACAUUCUGCCAAAUUUUUUCUUCCUGACUUUUUGGAUAAAACGAUUACUGCAGGAACUGGUGAAAAUAAUAGUUGUAUCAUCAGCCACUUGAUCAGCUUCAAAAAAAAUCCAUACCUCUGGGGAAAGUCUCCAUUGGAGAAUUUGUGGACUAUAUCUAUAAAGCAUUGUCCACUGGGUCAACUAAAUUAUAUAUGGAGUUGUAGCAAGAAGAAGAUUAAUGGAGAUGUUGCUGACCUCACGCUGUAUAAUUGCACUAACAGAAGAAAAGUUGAAGUUAAAGGGCUCAGAACACCUGUUCUAAUUGAGUUUGAAAGGAAGGACUCAAAUGAACAGUUCAAUGUGCAUGUCCUCCAUCGAACCCAAAUGAACAUUCAUAUCUUGCCAGUGACACCAGCCAACCUACAGCAGGCUUUGCAGAUUAGAGUGAAUUUCAUCAGGCCUGACCAGGAGGUGUUUCCUGUCAUGCUCUUAGUGAGGUCGAAUAAAGAGCCAACUCCAAGUAAAUAUAACUUAAAACAAGUCCACCACUGGAAUGGAGAUGUGAUCCAUUUGUUUAUUUCUGCAACAUCGCUCUUGGGUACUGGGACAUAUUAUCUUGGCCUCUUAGAUGCAAAUUACAAUAGAAAGCCCAAAAAUAACUAUCUUGCCAACAAUGUAAGUUACACGCUAAAUAUCCGAUGGAUUCAGUGUUUGUACUGGGAUGAUAUCAAGGAGUGGAAAUCUGAUGGCUGUUCACCCCGGCAGGAAUCAGAUUCACAGAAAAUAAACUGCAGCUGCAACCACAUGACAACAUUUACAGUUGCACAUCAGUCGGUUAAGAUGAAAGAUGUCAAAUUCACAGAUAUAUUGAUGUUUAUCAGUGCUGUUGAAAACUACGUCACUUGUAUCACUGUUCUGUUCGCACUGACCUUCUACCUUCUGCUGGUUAUCUUGUAUAAGCAUAAGGAUCUUGUCCUUGAGACAAAACCUAAACUCAUUGUAUUGCAAGACAAUGCUCCCGCUGACCAGUAUCUUUAUGCAAUCAUUGUGGAGACCGGCUUCAGGACAAAGGCUGGAACCACUGCCAAGGUAUAUAUCAAACUUUAUGGAGAAGAUGGUGUUUCUGAAACUAGAGAGUUAUACCACUCUGAGAAGCAAUUAUUUGAGAGGAAUUCGAGAUACACAUUUAUAAUGAGUGUUCCAGAUAACCUUGGUCCAAUUUGGAAGGUUCAUCUUUGGCACAAUAACGGUGGUUACUCUCCUAGCUGGUAUGUUACCUCUGUGAUUGUUAAGGACAUGCUAAUUGGUACGUGCUGGUUCUUUCCUGCUGAAUGCUGGCUUGCGGCAGAUGAAGGAGAUGGAAAAGUAGAACGAGAACUGGUCUCACUCAUCCAUGCACCUGGCUUUAAGAAACUUCUCUAUAGUAAACUAACUGAGUAUCUGGAAGACUAUCACAUGUGGGGAUCGGUAUACAGUCGCCCAUCCUAUAGCUCUUUUACACAUACUCAACGCCUCAGCAUCUGCCUUUGCCUUCUGUUGGGUUAUAUGUGUCUCAAUGCUGUGCUGACCAGCAUCAAGAACGAGGAGUACACUGCUGAAUUGGGUCUCAUUGAUGUCUCAGCUGCCUCCUUAGUUACUGGCUUGAUUACCACUAUAGUAGUUCUGCCAAUUGUAUUGUUACUAUCGUUGCUAUUCAGAUUUAGCAAGGUCAAAUUACUGCAGGAAACUUCUACUGAAGAGCAAUACGGGACCACAAGAGAAUCCAAUAUAUAUUCCAUUGAAGAUAGUACAAUUGCAUCCUUCCUGUCCUGGCAGAGCUUACAACAGUGGGCCCAGGAGGCAUGGAGAAAAAAGUAUGAGCGAGGUAUAUUGGGCUCUCAUGCUCCCAGUGUUCGUUCAGUGCACUACAGCGAUGGAAGCAAUAAGAAGGGUGGAACUUGCUCAUCUGAAGGCAGCUCAAGUGGAUUUGAGGAUUGCAGUUCACGGGAAAAUGCCAGGCCAGAACCAAAGGUCUCAAAACAUAGCUCCAGCGACCUACGAUCAGAUUAUUCAUCAGAACACAGCAGUUUGUUUGAACAACCUGUGGCAAAUAAAACCAGACAUUUACUCCCAUCUUGGUGCUGUUAUCUGGCAUGGACCAUCUGCCUCUUGACUACCUUGGCGUGUGCGUUGGUAACAAGUGUGUUGGGACUGCGGUUUGGACCAACCAAAUCUAUAUUGUGGUUACAUUCGCUGUUUUUUUCUCUCCUGUACUGUGUCUUUGUCAUCCAGCCUAUUGCAAUUUUCUGUAUGGCAGCUGUAGUCGCACUGAAAAACAAAGAUUGUAUUGACUUUUACAUCGGCUACAUUGAUUCAAAUACUUCAUCAGAUGUCUACAAGCAAUGGAAUUCUGAACCUGGUUUUCUUUCAGAGAGCUGUCCCACUGAUACCCAUUACAAUCCAUACUCUGACCCAAUGGAUCUUGACAGGAUUGUGGCUGCUCGUCAAAGGGUUCGAUAUUUACGAUUAGCUCGACCACCAACUCCUGCUCAGCUAAAAGAAGCAAAAGACCGCAUGAGAAAGGAAAAUCUCAUUCAACAGACAUUACAGGAAUUUGGAAUUUACAUUGUUAUGCUGAUACUGCUGCUGCUGAUAACAUUUGGUAAAUUUUCCAAAGAUGAGUAUCACCUCAAUCAAGCCAUUCGAGUGGAGUUUACAAGGAAUGUGAAAAAUCCUUUCAUGAAUAUGAAAACGGCUGAUGAUUGGUGGAAUUGGAGUUUCACCACCUUGUUACGUGGCCUGUAUUGGGACACAUGGUACAACAAUGCAGCAGCCAAAACUCAGGCUGGUCCACUUCAAGGGAAGUGCCACUUGAUUGGUGCACCAUCACUGAGGAAAACCCAAGUCAGAAAUGCCUCAGAUUGCAAUAUUCCAGAAGUAUUGUCAGGGCUUGUACAAGCCUGUGUAUCUCCAUACACCACAUUGAUUCACCAUGCAGAUCAAUCGAAUUCCACAAAGCCUGCAAGAGGUGCUAACAUCAGCCAAUGCGGCCAAUUCAAUUGCCUCAAAGGGAAGGGAUCGAUUAUUAACCUUGGUAGAACACGGAAUGAGGCCUAUGCAACAUUACUAGCAUUGAAGAAGACAAAAUGGAUUGAUCGGUACACCAGAGCAGUCAUAGUUGAGUUCACCCUCUACAAUCCUCCUACCAACCUCUUCACAAUUGUGUCUCUGUUGGCAGAGUUGCCACCAUCAGGAGGAAUUCUUUCAUUAGUUCAUAUAGAAUCAGUUCGCAUCUACCAGGAAAAUACUCUUCUGGAUUAUUUUAUCAUGGCUUUUGAGCUUUUGUUCCUGGUCCUUAUUCUACUUCACCUGUAUUUACAGGUGUGCAGGAUGACUCAGAAAGGUAUUCUGAGUUACUGGCGAGAGCCAUGGAAUUGGCUGGAGAUUGGACUUGUCGUAAUUAGUAUCUUUUAUUAUGUGUAUUAUGUGUUCUAUUUUGUAUUGGCUGUGGAUGUUAUUGACCAUCUUCACAGUGGAUAUUUCAAAACAUUUGUGGAUAUGAGCUUCAUUUCUGCAUGGAUAAAGGUGAAGCGUUUUCUUCAUGGGUUGCUUGUGUUCCUGCUUUUAAUAAAAAGCAUCCAUUUAUUACGCGUUAACAAGAUUAUGGCACCCUGUGCAACACUGCUGUGGCUGUCCUAUUCCAGUUUGAUGGUACCAAUGCUAUGUGGGAUUAUAGUCAUCGUGGCCUACUCCUGCCUGGGAAAUUUGCUGUUCCUCUCAGAAUCCUAUUCAUUCAGCACUGUACUGAGAGCUUUUCAGACAUUGCUCAUGUACUUCAUGGGUACCAGUGAAAGGAGAACAUUUUCAAUUCUCUGCAAGUUAAACCAGCUGUCCAUUGCUUUCUAUUAUGGGACAUUCUUUUUUGCCAUGACCAUACUGUGGACUGGAUUGUUUAUAGGGAUUCUAACCUCAAUGGCAGAAGAAGCAAAGAAAUCAUCACGGAGUAAGCAUUUAGUGACACUCACAGAUGUCGCAGAUUAUGCUCAGAAGAAGAUUAUGACUUUCACUGGAAGGAGCAGACAUGCAGAAGCAGAUCAUGUUUCAACACAAGGAAAUAACUUUUAUUUGGAUGAAUUUGAAAACUUGAUGGAUGAGUUGUUGUUCCGACUCAACGCUCUGUCGAACAGUCUUCAUCAUUCUCUCCCAACAAAGCCACAUUAUCUGGAGGACAGUCCUUAUGAAUUAGAUCCUGGUUAUUACUACAAUCAAGAAUCAGAGGCGCACACAUUUCAUGAAAACCAUUUGGAGCAUAAAGUUUACAAACUUGAAGAACUAUUUAGGAACAAUCUGCAGAUAUAUGAGCUCUUAAUACCAGGAAAAGAACACAAUUCUGAUUCAGACACUGCAAAUAUCAAAAUGUUAAGGUCCAAGCUUGAAUUAGAGACACUUCAUCAACUUCAGAUCUCCCAAGAAAAUAUGUUCCGAACAUCUGAGAGUGCUCGAAGUGGCCCUGGAUCAACCCACCCCCAGAAAAGUACUGAUGCUAAUUCCUCCGUUCCACAGGACAACUUUUCAUUCGCAAAUGAUAAUGCUAUAAAGACAAUCCCCUGCAGUGAUUCAGCUCCACCAGAAACCUUCUGCAAUGACAUUUCCAAUUCUUACAAUGUGCCUACCCAGAAUCAGCAGUCAGUAGACUCUUUGAGUGCAGAACACUACAAUCUUGCGAAACUGGGAGACACACUGCCCCACGUCCUGUGUGGAAUUAAAUGUCCAGAAAAGCAGGCGGCACAGACACGAAUGCUUGAGAGUAGACUGACUGGUCAGCAGCGUGGUUUCUCAGCCAGCACAUCAGGAAAGACCCGUAAGCAGCUUAAACGUUCGCACACCACGGUUAUUCAGAUUCUUGACAACACCAAAGACUUAGCAGUUCCAGCAUUUAAAGUUUCACAACCAAAUACCUGUGAUACUUCGGUACAAUGCCUUGGAAGCUAUGCUGUCCAAUCAAACUCCACACAUCAAUCCCUGUCUAAUCAAGUCAAGGUGCCAGAAAGAGAGUCUCAAAUUCCAGAGAAUUCUACAAGUGUAGUGCGGUCUUCAAGGAACAAAGGAGAACAGGAUGACACUGUAGAUAUGUCUGACCUUCCAGGAUCCAUAAAGCAGUGUUGGUGACUGAAUAUUUAUUACUAAAAUCAAAGGAAGCUCAUCCACUCAUUUCCUCUAUUAAUCCGAAGAAUCCUAAUUGCAAAUCUGUUCCUGUGUUUUUUUUUCUAUCUUCAUAUUUAAUUAGGCACAUGAAGUAGACUAAUGAAAUCAAGAGUUAAAGAAAUCUGUAAUAUUUUCCUUGAAAUUCUUCAUUGUCAGAUGAAACUACGAUUUCGUUCCUCAAAAAGGUUAAUGGGUUUGUCAAUAUAAUGCGUAAUAUGGAGCCUUGCUUCAGAAAUUAAUAUUUCAUUCUUGUUUAACAGUUCCAUGCAUUUUGGGGGCAUUUAGGAAUGUUAUAGGGAGAAAUUCAUCUCUGAUCAUUAGUGCUAAAAAGGUAUGAGAGUAUCAGCUGUUGAUUGUACUGAUGGCUGUUGUUUCUAUUCCAAUUAAUGGGACCAAACAAGAAAAGUAACCACAACUGGUGCUGAUACUUAGGCUCCUGUUUGGUGACAGCGAGAGAGACAAAGCAAUUUUUCUUGCUCAUUCAAUCCCAAACUAUGUACUGUAUGAUAUCAAUCCUCAGUAUAUCUUUUUUUCCCCCCUAGGACUUUGUUCUUGGAAUAUUCGCAGUCUUUGUCUGCAAUGGUUAAUUGGAGGGAAGAAACAGAAAACAGGAGAGAGCUCUUUGGGCUCUCUCCACCAUUGAAAAGAUAACAGCUGAUUUAUCUGUCCUCCUAUUUCACUGCCACAGAUACUUGAUAAAUGCCUCUGCCUUUCAGAAAUUUUUUACUUCAGCCAGAGCCCUGCAUUAUCAUGCUAAAAGCACUCACUUCCUUCCAAUUCCCAGUACUAUUUCUUGCCUCACUUUCCACUGGCCAAUUACCAUCUCAUUCCACACUGUAGGCUUACUCUCAAUGAAACCCUCAUCACCCUUACCUGGGAUCUCACUCCAGUGUUCCACGGCAUAGCCGACAAUGCAGUGGUGUUCUUGCAUUCCCAUAUUCUACUGAAGCUGACCGCAAAUUAUAACUUGCCCGUCCGCAUACUUGCCCUUUUUCCCCCUACUGCCUCCAACAGCUGACCAGUGGAUUUGAUGGGAGCUAGUGAGUUUAAAGAGAGUGUUGGAAUAGGACAUGGGAAGGGACUUUUGUGACUUCAUUAGGUAUGCUGGAAACAGACCGUGCUGACUUUAUAAGGGACAUGGGAACAAUGCACAGUGAGAUUAAAGUGAGAAUGGGAAGCCAGAUGCAGAACCAUCAGGAUUCUGAACAAUAGGAUCGUAGAUUAUCGGAAUAUAAAAAUCCAAAUGCUUUCACAUUAAAACUGAAAACUUGUCAAUAGGCCACAAACAACAUAGAAUUAUGGCAGCAAUUUUAUUAUCAUUCAAUGUUUACAUAGAGUUAUAUAUAUUUCUAUAAAGAGAUUUUAAUGGAUAAGUACAAUGCAUGAUUUUGUAAAGAUUAUUCAUUUGAAAACAGUGUAAAUAUCAUAAAUAUAAGAAAUUCAUACUAAAAUAUGACCAUCCAGAAUUUAGUCACAGCAAAUAUUUUAUUCAUUCUGUAAAUGGCUGAGUUUAGGUGCUUUACUGUUACAUAUAAUAUGUAAACAAUGUGUUUAUAGUGGAUUGUAAAAUAUUUAUUAAACUUUCCACUUUUGUGCUGUACUUUAGUUUGAUCAUGGCCUUUUCUACUUUGGAUAGGGAACAAACAUUUUUGACCAAUAUUUGGACAAUUGUGCAUCUUCAGUGGAAGGAAAUGUUACCUAUACACUAUGUUUUUAAACAAGGGAAAA